ACUCGCUUCAAAGGCAUAUUUCAUAAUACGGAACAUUCGAUUUUCGCAUUUCACAUCAGAAACAAAAAAGAAAUGGUUCUUUCCGAGGGUGCUAAAGAGCGUUUGGGAGUCGUUGUGGACCUCGUUCAAACCACAUUCCACUGGGGCUUUGUACCAAUGGUCCUCUAUUUAGGAUUCUCAAAGGGUGCAGAACCCGGCAUGCCACCACUGUCGAUUCUGAGCCUCUUGUGGCAAUAAGGAGCAUUAAAUUGACAAAUUAUUUUGACGUUGACUUCUUGGCGAUGUCACAAUAGGAACAGUUAUGAAUAAAUAAAUUUAUGUUAAACCAACA